CACGUGAAACAGUUUCAAGACGAAUAUCCAGAGACAACAAAAGCCUUACUCGAGGACACCUACGUGGACGACGUACAAAGCGGAGGAGAUUCGAUCAGUGAACUUGAAACGUUUAAAGAACAAGCCACGACGAUCACGGAAAAAGGUGGGUUCACUCUACAUAAGUGGCACAGCAACGUUGAGGAGUUGGAAUCCAUUUCAAACGAGACUGCGAAAGGUGAUCAAGAUUCCAACACGAAAUCUUACAGUGAGUCAACGACAAAGAUCCUCGGAGUUCCUUGGGAAAAGAAAACGGACGUUGUUCGAGUUAGCCUCGAAGCUUGUCAACUCACAGUUUCACCAUUGACUAAACGUAAGAUAUUGGCAGCGAUAAACGGUGUAUACGAUCUGCUUGGGUGGGCUUCACCGGUGAUGAUUACUGGGAAGAUUUUAUUCAGUGAACUUUGUUUGCGUAAAGUUUCUUGGGACCAACAAGUACCUGAUGACAUAGUGCGACGUUGGAAUCAAUGGGCUAAAACACUUCGUGAAUGUACUGAGAUCAAAGUACCUCGAAGCGUGGUAAACAACAAGAGUCAACAGAUUUCAAUACAUGGUUUUGCCGAUGCAAGCCAACUAGCGGUAUGCGCAGCAGUCUACGUUCUAGCCACAUACAACGAUGGGAAGACAAGUCAGAACCUACUGGUUUCAAAGUCUCGUGUAGCCCCGAAGAAGGUUUCUAUACCACGCCUAGAACUUGUUGCUGCCCACACCCUCGCCAAGCUGCUCAGUCGUGUGAAUCGCGCUCUCAGUUCGUUGGAUAUUCUGAAGGAGAAUCAAUUGUGGUCGGACAGUUCAACAGUCUUGUACUGGUUGGAAAAUAGGGGAACAUGGUCUAACUAUGCGUGCGGAAUCGAGUGA